CAGUUGUUAUGACGACACAGUCGUAAAUCCGCCAUUUUGCCUUGUGCUGCAGCCGCUGUGCGCUCGGUUCUUGCGACAGAAGGAGGAGAAGUCCCAGCUGGGAUGAGCUCAGAGCUUGGUGCGGGGGCAGAGGAGGCUGCUAGUUCAGCCGGCGGCUUCGUCAGCCUGGAAGUGCCUGGGACGCCGCUUAUCACUUGCUUUAAGGAGGAAGAUGAAGACGAUGUGCACAAAUGUGGCCGCUGUCAGGCUGAAUUCACGAGCCUGGAAGAGUUUGUCCACCACAAGAUACAAAAGAUCUGCUUGAGAGCCCCGGAUCCCAACCUGGUGUCCACUGGUGCAGCGCUGAACAGCCAGGAGCAGGUAGUUCCUUCUAUAGAAGAGACUGAAACCAUCUCCCAAGUCAUUGUGGAAUCCACAGAAGAUGUCAGUAAUGAGCCCGAUGAAGAAGUAUCCGAGGAUAUUAAGGACAUCCUCACCAGUGAAGAUAGCGCUCUAGGUGUUCACAGAGAUGAGGAGGAGCUGGAAGUCGAGUGGGACGAGAACCAAGGGGAUCUGGAACAAGAUGAUUAUGAUAAUUUGGGCCUGGUGACAAUGGUUCUGAAUGAAAAAGGGCGAUAUGUUUGCCAGCUCUGUGACAAGACGUUCAAGACUGCCAACAUAUUGAGAGCUCACAUGAUCACACACGGCACCAAGAAGGAGUUUGAGUGCAAGCUGUGCGGAAACUCUUUCAGGACAAAGGGCUCUUUAAUACGACACAACAGAAGGCAUACCGAUGAGCGCCCUUAUGUCUGCUCAAAGUGUGGCAAGAGUUUUCGAGAAUCAGGGGCCUUAACGCGGCACUUUAGAUCUCUCACCCCCUGCACUGAGAAGAUCCGGCUCAACAUGUGCAAGGAGAUCUUGAUCUCGAAGGAGGAAUAUGCUUCAGGUCUACAAAAAACAGAUGGGACAGCAGAGAGCGCUGAUCCAAUGCUGGAAUGUCCAAAGUGCAAUACAGUUUGCAUUAGUGCCAAUGCUUUGAGUGUCCACUUGAAAGGGCAUGAAGGGUGCAUGCUGUACACCUGUGAGGUGUGUGGCAGGGAGUUCCUGAAGCGCCACCUGCUCAGAAAGCACCAGGAGUGCCACUUCAGCGAACGCAAAUAUAAGUGCGGAGAAUGCGGCAAAAUGUAUAAGACUGUUGCACAUGUCAAGGGCCACAUGAGAGUGCACUCAGAUGAUCGGCCGUACCCUUGCCCCAAGUGUGGCAAGAGAUACAAAACCAAGAACGCACAGCAGGUUCACUCCCGCACCCAUGUAGAUGAAAAGCCAUAUGUCUGCCAGUACUGCCCCAACAGCUUCCGUGAGAAGGGCUCUCUGGUCCGGCACAUCAGGCACCACACCGGCGAGAGGCCCUUUAAGUGUCACAAAUGUGGCAGAGGCUUUGCGGAGCAUGGAACUCUCAAUCGCCAUUUAAAAACCAAAGGAGGCUGCAUGCUGCUAUUGUCACUGAGAAGAAAACCUGAUGGAGCAUCUAGCACUGAAGAGAGCAGCGCCCCACACACAGAGGAAACCACUGUGGGGUCGUCUGAAGAUUCACAGGAACCUCACACGGUGCUAGUGGAGUUUUCUUCAGUGGUCGCUGAUACUCAGGAAUAUAUAAUAGAGACUGCUGCUGAAGACUCAGAGACCAGUGAAGCUGCUGAGCUCAUCCAGGAUAACACAUCACAAGAGGUUGAUGGCCAUAUAUAUUCAGUGGUUCAGCAGUUUGUAAGCGAUGGAAGCCCCGGCCAACAGAUCAUUGUCGGAAACAUUUCCAUGGACGGUGAAGAGCGGGUGGAGGAAGUGCCCACUACUACUGACACAAUUGCUAUAGCCACUCCUGAAUUACUCACUGAGCAAGUUGCUUUGACUUUGGCCUCCGCCAUUGAGGACGGUGCUGUAGUAGCCAAGGAGGAGCCCAUGGAGGAGCAACAUAUUCCUCUACCAGAGGACGUUGAGAUGAUGGAGCACGCGGGAGAGUUUGUCAUUGAUGGAGAUCUAGAAGUUCAGACCGUUAUUGUGUAGAACAUAAGUUUUUCUUUAAAACGUCUUCACGAAAUUGAGACAAACGCAGGGAACCAAUUACAAUGUCUCCCGAGUCUAUCAAGGGUGGUAUGCAGUGUUCUCUACACCCAGGUCUAUACAUGCUGUUCUUAGUAUGAAAUACUGAAAGUGCUAUCAUCAAUAUCUAGUACUGUGUGUCUAGCAACGUCCUUCAGAAGUGUGAGUGUGAUAAAGCUGUAGAACAAACCAA